CCCGCCUCCUCGCUACCGCCGCGGCUCCGGCUGGAGGCGCCGCUGUCAUUCCUGCGCCGGAGGAGCCGGCGCUGCCGGUGCCUGGGGGUCGGGGCGCGGGGGAGCCGGGCCGCGGGGGACCCAACAGGUAGAGCCGGGGGUGCCCGGCCGCGCGCCCCCGCGCAUCAUGCAGCUCUUUGUCACCUCUCUCGCCCCCAGGCCAAAAUCCUGAGCAUGAUGGAAGACAAUAAGCAGCUCGCGCUCCGCAUCGAUGGGGCGGUCCAGUCGGCCAGCCAGGAGGUGACCAACCUGCGAGCCGAACUCACGGCCACCAACCGGAGACUGGCGGAACUGAGCGGCGGCGGCGGCCCCGGCCCGGGCCCGGGAGCGGCGGCCAGCGCCUCGGCGGCGGCGGCGGACUCGGCGGCGGCGGCGAACAUGGAGAACCACCAGCACGGCGCGCAAGUGCUCCUGCGGGAAGAAGUGUCUCGGCUCCAGGAGGAAGUCCACCUUCUCCGCCAGAUGAAGGAGAUGUUGACGAAGGACCUGGAGGAGUCCCAGGGCGGCAAGUCCUCUGAGGUCCUCUCGGCCACCGAGCUCAGGGUCCAGCUGGCCCAGAAGGAGCAGGAGCUAGCCAGAGCCAAAGAAGCCUUGCAGGCCAUGAAGGCCGACCGGAAGCGCCUGAAGGGCGAGAAGACGGACCUGGUGAGCCAGAUGCAGCAGCUGUACGCCACGCUGGAGAGCCGCGAGGAGCAGCUGCGCGACUUCAUCCGCAACUACGAGCAGCACCGCAAGGAGAGCGAGGAUGCCGUCAAAGCUCUGGCGAAGGAGAAGGACCUGCUGGAGCGCGAGAAGUGGGAGCUGCGGCGCCAAGCCAAGGAGGCCACGGACCAUGCCACGGCACUGCGCUCCCAGCUGGACCUCAAGGACAACCGGAUGAAGGAGCUGGAGGCCGAGCUGGCCAUGGCCAAGCAGUCCUUAGCUACGCUGACCAAGGAUGUCCCCAAGCGGCAUUCACUCGCCAUGCCGGGCGAGACGGUGCUCAACGGCAACCAGGAGUGGGUGGUGCAGGCGGACCUCCCGCUGACCGCGGCCAUCCGGCAGAGCCAGCAGACGCUCUACCACUCACACCCCCCCCACCCUGCUGACCGGCAAGCGGUCAGGGUGAGCCCCUGCCACUCCCGGCAGCCCUCUGUCAUCUCCGACGCGUCUGCCGCCGAAGGCGACCGGUCGUCCACGCCAAGCGACAUCAACUCCCCUCGGCACCGGACACACUCCCUCUGCAACGGCGACAGUCCCGGCCCAGUACAGAAGAACCUGCACAACCCCAUUGUACAGUCACUAGAGGAUCUUGAAGACCAAAAACGGAAAAAGAAGAAAGAGAAGAUGGGAUUCGGCUCCAUCUCGCGCGUCUUCGCCAGAGGGAAGCAGCGGAAGUCCCUAGACCCCGGCCUCUUUGAUGAUUCCGACAGCCAGUGCAGCCCCACGCGGCAGAGCCUCAGCCUGUCGGAGGGGGAGGAGCAGAUGGACCGGCUGCAGCAGGUGGAGCUGGUCAGGACCACCCCCAUGUCCCACUGGAAGGCCGGCACCGUCCAGGCCUGGCUGGAGGUGGUCAUGGCCAUGCCCAUGUACGUCAAGGCUUGUGCAGAGAACGUGAAGAGCGGGAAGGUGCUGCUGAGCCUCAGUGACGAAGACCUGGAGCUGGGUCUGGGCGUGUGCAGCUCCCUGCACAGGCGGAAGCUCCGGCUGGCUAUCGAGGACUACCGCGACGCCGAGGCGGGCAGGAGCCUGUCCAAAGCCGCUGACCUGGACCAUCACUGGGUGGCCAAGGCCUGGCUGAAUGACAUCGGGCUGUCCCAGUACUCUCAGGCCUUCCAAAACCACCUGGUCGACGGGCGAAUGCUGCACUCGCUGAUGAAGCGGGACCUGGAGAAGCACCUGAAUGUGUCCAAGAAGUUCCACCAGGUCAGCAUCCUGCUGGGGAUCGAGCUGCUGUACCAAGUGAACUUCAGCAGGGAGGCCCUCCAGGAGCGCCGCGCCCGCUGCGAGACACAGAACAUAGACCCCGUGGUCUGGACCAACCAGCGGGUACUCAAGUGGGUGCGGGACAUUGACCUGAAGGAGUACGCGGACAACCUGACCAACAGUGGCAUCCAUGGUGCCGUGUUGGUGCUGGAACCCACAUUCAACGCCGAGGCCAUGGCUACUGCCCUGGGCAUCCCCAGCGGGAAGCACAUCCUCCGGAGACACCUGGCGGAAGAGAUGAGCGCCAUCUUCCACCCAGCCAACUGCUCAGGCAUCCGGGAGGCUGAGCGUUUCGGAACACCCCCAGGGAGGGCCUCGAGCAUCACCCGGGCAGGGAAGGAGGAGAACAGCGGUGGUAUCAAGUACAAGGCUGGCCGGCUGCCCCUGGGGAAGAUAGGAAGAGGCUUCAGCAAAGACCCCGAUUUUCAUGACGACUAUGGUUCUCUUCAAAACGAAGACUGUGGAGAUGAUGACCCCCAGGGCAGGCCAGAGCAGUGCCGUCUGGAAGGCUACAACGGCCUUGAGGUCACCAAUGUGUAAGGAACGGGCACUCCACUGGACCCAGCACGGACACACCCACCAAGGACAAGUAGCCAGAGGCUGUCAACACUGUACAUAGGGACCGCGGGCCAAGGGUGCUCCUCUGCUCCCGGCAAAACCCCAGCAGACUGUCGCAGUUUCAGACGGGAGCCCCGGAGAGCAAGGAGGCACCGGCCUGCCGGUCUCAAGCAGGUUGUGGACCUUCCUGCUCAGUGAAUGACCUGUCAGUCCAGCCUCUCUGUAACCCAGGCUCCCCACUCAGAGUGACUGUCCGCCAGUGAGCAGUCCAGGCGGUCCCCGGAGCCUGGAACUGAGCUGCCAUGGUGGAAAGAGGCUGGUGGUUCCCCCAAACACCCUCCCAGAAGGAGCCGGUGGGACUCCUACCAGACACAGAGAGCCCAGCACUGGCAGUGCUCGGAGCCCGCAAAGCCUGAGGCUGACCGGUGGGCCCUUCUGGCCAGCCUGGUGGAGCUCUUGGCUCCAGCACCCUGCCCCACAUGACUGAGAACUUGGCUUCUGACUUGGGUCACUGAAUCUCUCUUGGGAGAAUGCCCAAUGGAAUGGUCAUGCCCUUCCUUCCAAAACGCCGUGUGUCACGCGGGGGUGGACAUGUAGAAAAGCUAUCGCCUUCUCCCCCCACGAGUGGCUACAGUGGGUGGAGGCAGAUGGGUGAUCCAAGCAGGGGUGGGGCUCGGCAGCAACAUUUCUAGGAAAUGCAGAUUUCCUGUCUUCGGGAUAAAGGAUAUCCUGAGGAUAGGCGUGGGGAUGAUGAUGGACUUAAGUCAGUGACAACCGAGUGUGACAGUGGGUUUGGGAUUGGGAAAAGGGAAAUGCUUGUCUCUGUUGACCCAAGAGACCUUUGCUGUGAUGUCUCAGUCACCUGAAACAGGUGUGCACCCCAGCGCCCUCACUGAGAUGAAUCUCGCAGAGCAAAGUCAUUAAGGUGGUGGAGAGAACCCCCAGCCCUUUCCCUGACCCUGCCGCUGUUCUGCUAUAUGGCUUCUUCCCAGUGGCCUCACCUCUCUGUGCCUCAGCGUCUUCGUCUGCAAUACUCCUGGUUCCCUCCUGGGGACGCUAUGAGAAUUAACACUUGCUAAUGUCUGUAACACACUUUGUAACCUCUCAGGAGACAGGUGGGAAGGUAUGGGGACAGAAGGAAGCAUCCGAUUUCCCACUGACGACACAGAACGGACAUUGAACUGGUCCUCUGCAACUGCGUUCUGAUUGGGGCCACAUGCAAAAGGAGGACAAGGGAUGCCUAAUGUUCAGACUCUCUAGAGGCCCCAGUAGGGCUUGACCAAAGAGAGGGAGAAAAAAGUCCAAGUACACCACCCCGGAAAAUCAGUCUGAUUCAUGUGUUCGGGCUUGAGUCUGUUGACCUCACUGCUGAGUGAUGAUUUGGGGGGGAUGAAACGCAUUGGGGUUCUACUGACACUUGGGUGGUCUGAGCGAAUCAUUUGUUGGGACCACAACAUUGAAGCCGUUUGCCUGAGGCUCAAUGAGAGGUCUGAAUCUCCAAGACUUGAACAGGUAGGUGUCAGCCUCCGAGAACCAUCAGAGCCCGUGUUCUUCGACCCAAGGAACUGUUUCCCUCAUAGGAAAAGCCUAAACCGAGGCCUAAUGAACUUGAGUAUGAUUCCUCCCCAGCACCGAAGACCAUGGUGUUCUCUCUGACCUUAAGAUAAGCACAGCUUUUCUUGCCGCUGGAAACCAAACGCCUACUGGUGGACCGAUGAAUGUUUCACCUCCUAGGUCACAUCUCCGAUUCCAGGGCCUGAGGGAGAAACUCCGGCAUCUAACUUGGCUUUGCUGAGGCUCCAAACCCCGGCACCUUGGUGACGUUCAGCUACACACGGGGCCUGAAGAGGCAGAGCCCACAGCCUGGGAGGGGGUUCCCCUCUACCCUGAUGCUGCAGGUCCCUCCCAAGCCAGCAUCCAGGCUGGGUGACCCGGGACCCCAGGAUCUGCCUCUGGGAGAGCAGCGAGCCAGGCGGGACAUCACUCCCACGGGGUAAGCAAGGACAGCACCAGGGGCCUGCAUGCAGCUCUGACUAUGGAAAGCCAGCGUUUACCCGAGCUGUCAGAAAUGAAGCUGACAUCCCCCCUACAUUCAUUCCCAUCGGGGAUAAGAUGGGCAAGUGGACAAUUUGGGGGGGGGUCACUGUCAGGGAUGGCCUUGCCCCCUACAAUUUGCAGCAUUAGGCCAGCAGGCCUGGGGCAACAUGAACAACGUCGAAAGCACCUUUCAGUCCAAAUGAUACCCUGGGCGCACUCUCCCCCCCGAUGCUUGUAUCCUUGGCAGCCAGCUGAGAGUCCGGAACUGACUUUUCAACCCAAGGACAGGUUGGUUGAUAAAUUAACAACCUUCACACAGAGUCAAAUCAGGUGAGCUUUGUCUGCUAAAAAAAAAAAAAAUCCCAAACUUCAGCUGUGCUUCAAGGAUGGGCAAGAAGAGUGGGGGGUGCCGAAGGACUUAGCAGAGAGAUUCUGGUAGCUGACGGACUAAGGCUGGCGGAGUGGCCGCCUACUGAACAGGGACUUGCCAUGUCCUGUCCAAAGGGCCCGAGCUGUGGUCUUGGGCCUUAAAGAGUGAUGGGGCUUCCGGACCUGGAAAGGCGUGAACGUGCUUCUUGGAGAGGCGUCCUCUGCACCCAUGGGUGCUGACUCCUUAACAAGAGGUAGUUGGUGCCAGAGGUUGGGGAGAACCCGAGUAGGCACAGGCACCCCAUAUUUCUCUGAGAAGCUGGGGGCCAGAGCCCUCGGAAGGCACCUGCCCAGCAGACUCGGCUUUCUGACCCCAGGCCCCUCUGAAAGGCCCCUUUGUCGUUAGCUGCACAGAACCUUUCUCCUAGAAGUCUGUCUGUCUGUCACCAGCGUCCAGGCUAUAGGGGGCAGGAAGAAGCCACAUGAAAACCUGGACCAGAUGUGGGAGAAGGGAAGGGGCCUCUGCACCGCCCAGCCAGCACAGGGUGGGGGGGAGCUCAGAACAGUGACCCCAAAUCUUGAGGUCACUGAACAGGGCUGCACGUGGCAGAACGGGAAGAUGUGGCAGGACGAGACCUCAGGGUCCGCUGCGGGGGCCCCCGGAGCCCUCUAAGGCUCCAAGUCUAGCCCACCCCACUUCCUGUUAAAACCCAAAAGUUGCAGCACCAUCCCUUCACCCCUGCUCUCCCAGGCUCCAGCGGGCUCCGGGCAGUAGCACGGCCAGGAAAGAAAAGCCUGGGGACACAGCGACUUCCAAAGCCAGUGUUAUUACCAAUGGCUGGCUGGCGAGAAGAAUUUCCCAACACGGAGGCAGCUUGUGGCUGCAAAGGGAUCAAGUUAUCCUUGAGCAGAGAUGAUGUCCCUGGCCUUUCAGCGGCUGGUCACGGCCCCGUGUCUUCCCAGGAGUGAAUUUUAACACUGUAACAAUAAAUACUACUGCACAGCGCUUUACUGAUCAGGUAGCCUUUUUCUCUCAUUUAAUCUUGCCAACAGCCGCUUUGGGAGAGGAAAUUACAGACCCAUUUCCUAGAUGGGGAAACUGAGUUUGGGGAGGCGGAGGAGCUUACCCAGCUCCAUAAAGCUAAGAAUUCCCGAGGCAGGGACUCGGACUCAGUCAUCUGCCUCCCAACCCCAGGCUCAUCCGACCCGGCUGCACGCUUCGUACCCCCGCUGUGUCGGUGAUCCCACCCCCACCUCCCAGCGUAGGACCUACCUCACCAGGUGGCAUCACUCAAAGUGGAGUUCAGAUGCGCUCUGUCCUGCUGGAAAAGUCUGGGGCCUGCCCUCCUGGUCCCAGGACACCGCUGCCGGGAGGGAAGCAUCUGGCAAGGGACCCCUACCUUAGCAUCCAUGGCUUGCCUGUGUCACUCAUCCUGGGGUACUCAUUUUGACAUGGCCGGACAGAUCUCCAGUGCUUGUGCCAGUCCGUUCAGGCUGCCAUGACGAACCAUCACAGACUGGAGGGCUUACACACCCGUUCCGGAGGCUGGGCGUCCGAGAUCCAGACGCCCGCUGCUCUUGGUGAAGGCUCUCUCCCUGGUUCGCAGAAGCUCACCCGUGGCCGGGGCAUUGAUGGCAGACAGUGGCAAUGUGGUGGGGGUAAUGUGGGGGCUCCCAGAGGACCUUCAAACUGAGACCUAAGUUCUGAGGAGCCAGCCCUGCCAAGACCCACGGGGGGAAGAACAUUCCAGGCAGUCAGAACUGAACCAGAUGCUGAGGAUACAGUGGUGAAUGAAAUCCUGCCCAGCCUCCACCCUUGCAGACCUUCCAGUCCAGUGGGGGAAAGAGACACAAUGUGAGAGUGUAACCAUGACCAGUCUUGAGAGAAGAGGUAGCUGGUAGUUGGGAGGGCUUAUCACAUGGGCAUUUGACGUAGUCAAGAGGAGGUGAGGCCUGGAUAGAGGAGAGUUCAGCAGGUGAAGAGGAAAGGGAAAAGGAUUCUAGACAGCCAGGACAGCAUGUGCAAAGGUCCUGUGGUAGAAGGACCAGAGUAAAUUGGGCUGAAAAAAGACCCACGUGUCUGGGAGAAAGCAGUGAGGGGCUUAUCUCCCGAGACUGCUGGAGGGACCUGCUGGACUCCUGCCCAUCUGUGUCACCCUGAUUGCAAGCAGUGCCUCCCAACUGGACAAGAAGUCUCUACCUUUUGCACAUGGGGCCCUCUUUCCCUUUGCUCUAGCUCUCAGCUCAGUUGGGCUCCUCGGGUCACGGAAUGACUCAAUGGGCCCAUGAGGUGGCACCAGGGCUGUCAAGGCAGAGCUGACUUGAGGCCAACAAAAGUGUCUAGUGCCUCUUUCAUGACCCCAAGUAGAAAUCUGAGAUGUCUAUUUGAAGCCACGCUGGUCGAAAGAGGACCUGGUAGUUCUAACAGAGUCUUAGG